CUGCCUCAGUUGUUAUGCUGCCUACUGCUCUGCCAGCUGCACUUCACUCUCAGAUGCUGCUGUUCAUCCUGAAACACGAAUGAAGCGAUGCAAAAAGUGCUUUUUACCUUUUCUGAGCGCAGGAGAAGAAGGGAAUAAAAACAACCUAGUCAUCUGUUACUCUUGCCGUCACAACAAAAGUUGAUAUAGUUUUGAAUUGGGUGUGAGAUCAGGCGUGAAAGUCUUUUCCCAGUAGCAGCAUGACCUCUCCUCCUCACAGUACAGCGACAGAGCCUUCAUGGACUAUUGGACCUGCAGAACUGGAGAUGAACGAAACUCUGCACAUGCGAAAUUACAGUGUGGGUUUUGGCGGAGCGUCUGCGGAGCAGGCAGUGAUCACUCACCGCCAGGCAUCUCACCUCCAUCCCCGCAUGUCCGUGUACAGCGCCACCCGUCCCACACUCUCUAGGUCCUUCUUUCAAGGACGAGUAUAUAAUUUCUUGGAGAGACCAUCAGGUUGGAAAUGCUUUGUGUAUCAUUUUACAGUAUUCCUCAUUGUGCUUUCUUGCCUGAUCCUCAGUGUGCUGUCCACCAUUGAUGAGUAUCAAACACUGGCAAAUAAAACACUAUUCUGGGUGGAAUUAGUGCUGGUAGUGUUCUUUGGUGUGGAGUAUGUGGUACGUCUGUGGUCAGCAGGAUGCCGGAGUAAAUAUGUGGGAAUUCUGGGCAGGCUUCGCUUUGCCCGGAAGCCCAUCUCUGUUAUUGACCUGAUUGUGGUGGUGGCCUCCAUUAUUGUAUUGGCAGUUGGCUCUAAUGGUCAGGUAUUUGCCACCUCUGCUGUCAGAGGAGUCCGCUUCCUUCAAAUCUUGCGAAUGCUGCAUGUGGAUCGACAGGGAGGAACCUGGCGACUGCUUGGAUCAGUAGUCUUCAUACAUCGACAGGAACUGAUCACAACUCUAUAUAUCGGAUUCCUUGGGCUCAUCUUCUCUUCCUACUUUGUGUAUCUGGCAGAGAAGGAUGCAGUGGAUGAUAGUGGUAUGACAGAGUUCAGCAGCUAUGCUGAUGCUCUGUGGUGGGGUGUGGUGACAGUAACCACUAUUGGCUACGGAGACAAGGUCCCUCAGACCUGGAUAGGAAAGACCAUUGCAUCAUGUUUCUCAGUCUUUGCGAUCUCCUUUUUUGCCCUCCCUGCUGGAAUCCUAGGCUCCGGUUUUGCUCUAAAGGUUCAGCAGAAACAGAGACAAAAGCACUUCAACAGGCAAAUUCCUGCAGCUGCAUGUCUGAUACAGGCAUCCUGGAGGUGUUUUGCCUUAGAGAACCAUGAUUCUGCCACCUACAAAUUGUUUGUGAAGAGGAACCUCAGCCACAGCCACUUAAAGGCGAAGAUGAGGAGGAAAAUGAAGAGUAAUGACAGGGAUAAUGGGCCAAAUUCUCCCACCGUACCAUCCAUAACCUAUGAUUCCUUAGAUGAUGGAAGGGAUGGCGGACAAGAUUCAAUGAGCAGUAUUCAACAUUCAGAAGGGGCAAACACACUCAGAAGAUGUGAGCGGGUGCCAUCCUGGAACUCUCUUUCCUCUUUCCAGUUCUCUACAACUCCAGUGAAAAAGUCUGGGAUUUUCGAGGUGCCGUCUCGGCCCACGCUCCAGAGGAGCAGCAGCAUCGCAGAUGAUAUGGAAACUGAGGUUGAGCGAGAGAAUUCGCUCGUUCCAGUCACUCAUGUGUCUCAGUUGCGGGAUUCCCAUCGAGCAGCCAUUCGUGUGAUCCAGAGAAUGUACUACUUUGUGGCCAAAAAAAAGUUCCAGCAAGCACGUAAACCGUACGAUGUGAGGGAUGUUAUUGAGCAGUAUUCUCAGGGUCAUCUCAACCUCAUGGUGCGCAUCAAGGAGCUUCAGAGAAGACUGGAUCAGUCCUUAGGGAAGCUCUCCCUCUUCCAGACAAGUUCAGACCGCAUGAAAGACAAAGGCACAAACACUAUUGGCUCCAGACUCAACAGGAUGGAAGAGAAGAUCACACACAUGGACAGGACACUUAACAGCAUCGCAGAAUCUCUCAACCUCAUGUUGGCAAGGGAGAGACGGGGGGAUCUGGCCAGAGGGAAGGAACAGCGUAGCAGCUUCCAGCGACAAUCAGCCACCCUCAGCCUGUCAGUGCCGGAAAGACAGGACAGCCUGCCCAGUUCUGAGCAACUGUCCACACCAACUGUUAUUCAUGAGAACAGCUGAGUUGCUAAAGGACCACUACAUCACAAAGUGCCUGAUAUUGGGUCAGUUUUGGCUAGAGUUAAUGUAAGAUAUUAGAUCUGGCUCAGGUUCGGCCUCAGCUAAUUUGAAGAUAUCUUCUUGUCUGACUAAGUCUGUUGAUCUUUAUAUUUUGUUAAAUUUCUUAGAAAGCAAAACGUAAAGAAAUAUUAAAUAUUUUAAGCAUACUAUUGUCUAAGUGUGACUUUGAGUUUUUUUAUAUUGAUUAUUCGGUUGUUUUUCUUUUAAAAGAAGAGUGUUCCAUACUUUUUGUGAGCAGUUUGCCCUCUUCCACUCCACACUCUUAAAAUAAAGGUUCCAAAAGGGGGUUUUCGCAGCGAUGCCAUAGAUGAAAAAUGUUUGGUUUCCCUAAAGAAUCUUUCAAUAAACAGUUCUUAAAAAAACCUUUUUUUCUUAAAGGAUUAGUUCACUUUCA